CCUUUAUUUUGUUUGGUUACAUUGUUUUUAAAAAAAGUAUUUGUGUACUGACAGAAAUAAAUAAAUAGUUGUAUCAUGUCAAAUAUGCCAAAUAUAUAUAUAUACUACUCAAUAAAUAUGUUAUAAGUUCUCAUUGAAUGCGUUUAUACGAAAUGUAAAAUAUUGUGUAUGUGGAUUCAAAAAGUUGAUCUGUGCUCAUAUUUUUGUGUAUGUAUUGUUUAUUUAAACCAUAUUAUUUUUACCAAGAAAUAUAAAUGAUGGCUAGCAGAAGAAUCCAGGACGCACGUUUCGUCCUAUUUAGGAUUCGUCAGUUGGAUGUGCAUGUAUCCCAAAUUUGAUGUUCAUUUCGGGACUUGAAUCUAGUAGUGGGAAGAUUACGAAAAACAGUACAAAAUGUAUAUUGUUUUUGUAAAGAAACUACGUUUUUACAUUCAGUAAAUAUUCGUCAGUUGUAUCAUAUAUAUAUUUUUUUAAUUGUUUAUUGUAUUUUCAUUGAAGUUGAAUAGUGGCUUAUAACGAAUUUUAAGAAUCAUGAUGUUUCAUUCUCGAUGUAGGUAGUCUCAUUUGAUUUUUCUUGUUGUUAGCAAGGUUGUUGUUUUUACGGGAUGUGGUUGCUAACCCGAUGCCCAAACUUUCUCCUUUACUCGGUCUUAAAACUUACAGGAACCGUAAUAGGGCUUUAGGUAAAGUUGACGCUCAUACUUAGAUGCAGGUAUAUUCGGCUGACAUGAGUCUCGACGAGCAUAAAACAUGCGUUCUGGUUUCUAAUUCUAGCCACUAUCCAACUUUAUUAGAAUACUUGUGACUUAAUGAGAAAAGUCAGGCGAUUUGCUCAGGAUGCAGAUAUAAUCAAAAGAGAGUGUUAUUUUCAAACCUCAACGUUAACAAUUGAAAAAGUGUAAAUUCCUAUAUAUAAUGUCUGUUGUACUGUUCGUCAUAACAUUAAUGUUUUCUUUAAUGAUAUAUGACUUACAAAGAUAUUGUUAGAGUGCUUGUAAGUGAAGACAAUGCCACAUGUAAUUUAUAUUCAAUCAAUUGAUCUUAGUUGCAUGUUAGUAUAGGUUGAAAUAGCAUUCAAACUGAAUGGAUUUAACAGCUGUUUGUGCACCGUACACUGAAUUGAGUUCGCAAUCCUCGGGUCUUAUAGUGAUCGUGUUAAAUUAAUACAACUCAUUGAAAAUCUUGUAUCCCGCAUUUUUUGACUUCAGUUAUUCAACUCAAUGAUUAUCCAUGGUAAUAUUCGUUUCACUCUUAACAUGGGUAAAGUACACCAUAUUGAUGUUUAAAACGAAAUGCAUUAAGUCCUAGUAUCAGUGUGUCUAAAUUGAUAUUUGAAAGUAUGAAUAUGUAAGUCGAUUUCUGAAAUAAAGCCAUGAUUGUGUAUACUUUUCAAUUACGAUUUCUCAAAUGAUUAGGCUGCUACUACUGAAGCCAGUUAAGUAAUCGGCGAAAAUGUUAACUUAUUAUCACUUUAUCUGUUUUGAAAAUUGACCUAAAUCAAAACGUGAGCUUUGGUAAUAUAACUCAGUCAAUCUGUACACAUAUCUUUUCCUCUACGGGACUUUUCAGUAACAGGUUUGAUCUCAUGCACAGAACCUGAAACGUAAAGUUUGUCUAGGUAUUCUUGAUUUAACAUUGUUGAUACCAGUUCUUCAUUAAACCAUUUAUUUAUGAUUAAUGUUAUGACAGUAGUGAAAAUGAAAUACAUUCCUCUUAAUAAAUUAUAUUAAUGAAAUUGAUUUACUGUAAAAUUUUACCCUUAAAAUCAUUUAACCAAUAUUUAUUUGUUAUUUUCUUCUUGAUUCAUUGCCUUACUAAAUAACUUCAAGCCAUUAUUAUGACUCCAAAACCAGUUUCCGAAACAGAAUUACGUGAAUGGGGAAAAUGUUUAUUAAAUCCAUCUGCUUCUCUAGUUGAUCGUUCACGUGCUCUUUGGGGAUUACGUCAUGCUGCUGAACCACUAGCACUUGAAUUGUUAGCUGAUUUUGUUUGUAAUUAUGUUAAGCCGUCACCUAUCGCUAAUGAUCUCUUACAACAUGAAGCUGCUUAUUGUCUAGGACAACGCGGUGAUCCAAAAGCUGUACCACAUCUUUUACAAGCUCUACAUAAUGAUAAACAUGUUACACUUAUUCGUCAUGAAGCUGCUGAAGCAUUAGCUGCUUUAAGUGGAUGUGAUGGUGCAGAGAUUGAAGUAAUUGAAAAAGCUUUAAAAGAAUACGUUAAUUCAAAUAUAAUUGAGUUGGCUGAAACAUGUCAAGUUGGUUUAAAUCGAAUUGAAUGGAUUAAAAACAAAAAAACAAUUCAACAUAAAGAUUCUCAAAUAUCAUGUGAUUUAGCUGCAAAAUUGUUUCCAAAUACAAUUGAUCCAGCGCAUAGUUUUACCGGUGAUCAACAAUAUACUGAUGAACAAUUACAUGAUUUAUUAAUGGAUCCUAAUCAAAAUUUAUUUACACGUUAUCGUGCAAUGUUUACUUUACGUGAUCGUGUCUUACAAGCAGUUAUUGAUAAAACAUCACCAGAAAAGCCAGCUAAUUUAUUAGCUGAAGGAUUAACAGCUCCAAAUAGUGCAUUACUUAGACAUGAAGUUGCUUUUGUCUUAGGACAAUUAACAGUAGCUAGUACUGUUCCACAAUUAUCUACAUGUGUUCGUCAAACAAAUGAACAUCCAAUGGUUAGACAUGAAGCUGCUGAAGCACUUGGUUCUAUUCUGGGUGAAUUAGAAGGAAAAUAUUUAACAAAAAAUGCGAAAGGUUCCGUACCGAAAGAAUUUGAACAUCAAGCACGUGAAGUACUAGAAGAAUUUAUAAAAGAUAAAGAGCCAGUGGUUCGUGAAAGUUGUAUACUGGCUUUAGAUAUUGCAAAUUAUAUUGCAUCACCGGAACAAUUUCAAUAUGCUUCUGUAUCACAAAGUUAA